GUUCAGGAGUUGCUAGAAAAGGCAUCGGACUCCAGAAUUCUGUCCUCUUGUCCGGAGAUUAAGUGGCAUUUUAUUGGCCAUCUGCAGAAAAAUAAUGUCAACAAGUUGAUUGCUGUCCCUAACCUGUUCAUGUUGGAAACGGUGGAUUCUGUGAAACUGGCAGACAGAGUCAACAGCUCCUGGCAGAAAAAAGGGUCCUCUCAGAAGCUGAAGGUCAUGGUGCAAGUCAACACGAGUGGAGAAGACAGUAAGCAUGGCCUUCCUCCUGGGGACACCACGGCUGCUGUGGAGCACGUCAUCAACAAGUGUCCAAGCCUGGAAUUUGUGGGGCUGAUGACGAUCGGCAGCAUCGGGCAUGACCUUAGUAAGGGUCCCAAUCCUGACUUCCAGAUGCUGAUAUCUUUGCGGCAGGAAGUGUGUGAAAAGCUGAAUCUCCCCAUUGAGAAGGUGGAGCUGAGCAUGGGCAUGUCCACAGACUUCCAGCACGCAAUAGAGGUGGGAUCCACAAACGUCAGGAUUGGAAGCACUAUUUUUGGAGAGCGAGAUUACUCCAACAAAGCGGUCGGUGGCAAAGCCCCUGCUGAAACUAAAGAUAAAACUGAGACCUUGACAGUGCACGGCCAUUAGAUGGAGGGGAAAAAAAGUGGCCUCCCCAGAGGACAGAUGUUGGGACACCUCACUAUGCAUUCUUACCUCCCUCCGUGUCAGCACCUGAGAGGGAAUUCCUCGUUACAGAACAGAGGUCAGAAACGCCUCAUCACUUAUUGUGAUUGUAGAGUACCCAUAGAAGCUGGAAAUCUUUAUAACCAACAAAUGAUAAGAAAAUGUGUGUUUGAAAGUGACUGUGGUAUCGUGGCUCCUUCAGAGUCACUGCAACAGUGACUUCUGGAUAACUAGGUUGAACAAACUACCUGUUAUUUGUUGGGAUGGAGUUGCUAAUGAGUGAGAUGUAUCUGCAGCAGCGUCAGUGGUUAUGUUCUCACUGAAGACUUAAAUUCUUCAUUAAACAAGUUA